AUGGAUGUGUAUGGUUAUCCAUAUCCUGCUCAGUUUUCUCAGAUGUUACCACCUAAGGUAGAAUAUGCCAAUCAGGGAGACGGGUUAAGGGAAUAUGAAGUGGGAACGUCGAAAGAAGUUCGAGACUUAGCACGACCAAACCGCUCAAAGCAACGAACGCACAAAACUAGAGACACCAAGCAUUCUCGGUCCCAAAGCCGAACCUCUUCCAGCUCACGGUCCCGUACCCAUUCGCGAUCGAGGUCGAGAUCACGGUCCCGAUCUCGGUCUCAUAGCCACAGCCGGACUGCCAGUCGACAGCGAGAUUUGAGCCUUAGGGAGCCUGGAUUGUUGGACGCUUUUCGAGUUUUAUAUUUAACCCCAAGCAAACAUAAGAAGAGCACAACUAAGUUCUUAGCAACAAAGAAACGACAAGAUCAAAUACAAGAGGUUCUAAAACGCGACAGGCUUGGCUCAAAGCGAUGGUUCUUCUAUCCGCGGACGCAAAGCCAAACUGGACCUGUAGCAUCAGUCGCAGCAUCCCGCGACAGCUCCGACCAGCGUUUCAAAGUUGAUGCGGAUUUCUUUAGGAAAUAUAAGCGCUGUAAGAAAGUCGAUAGUGAUGCGCCCAUCAUGAAGCUUAAGAGGUGGGAGCUUAUCUUUUAUAAAAAAUUAGGUUUUAUACAGGCAGUGUGA